GAUGUGCAACGCUGGUGUGUUUCGCUUCGUUUAAAGGCAAUACUCUAAAACAACCUUCCCUUUACAACAUCACUGAGGCUAAAAGAUGGGGCGCCGUCCAGCCAGAUGUUACCGUUACUGUAAAAACAAACCAUAUCCCAAGUCAAGAUUUUGUCGUGGUGUACCAGACUCCAAAAUCAGAAUUUUUGAUUUGGGUAAAAAAAAGACGCCAGUUGAUGACUUUCCUAAGUCCGUCAAUCUUGUGUCAGAUGAAUACGAACAGUUGUCUGCCGAGGGGUUAGAAGCUGCUCGUAUCUGUGCUAACAAGUACAUGAUCAAAUUUGCUGGUAAAGACUCUUUCCACAUUCGUAUCCGAGUCCACCCAUACCAUAUUGUUCGCAUCAAUAAAAUGUUGUCGUGUGCUGGAGCUGAUAGGCUUCAAACUGGAAUGAGAGGUGCUUUUGGUAAGCCACAAGGAACAGUAGCACGUGUGAACAUAGGGCAACCUUUAAUAUCUAUCAGAUGUAAAGAUGCACAUGAAGCCACUGCAAUUGAAGCAUUGAGAAGAGCUAAGUUUAAGUUUCCAGGUCGUCAAAAGAUCUUUGUCUCCAAAAAAUGGGGAUUUACAAAAUGGGACCGCGAAGAAUAUCUUGAGCGUCGACGAGAUGGGUCUAUCAAACCAGACGGUACAAAUGUUCAAUAUUACCCGAACAAAGGAAAAUUGAAGGACUGGAAGUGGAGGGAGAGUCGUUGUUAAAUAAUUUGUAGUAAGACGUGGUACAAAUAAAAUUAACAGAACAGC